AUGUUUUGCUCCUUCGAGUCUCCCGUUUGCACGUGGAUUAUCCUCUUUCAGAAAUAUUCGAAAGACGCUAAGAGACAAUGGAUCGAGACAUUGGAUCGGCCCAGCCACAUGGUUCUCUCUCCCCUAAGUGUCUCUCAUAUCCGUACGGAGUACAGACACACAAACUCCCUUCAGUGUCCGCAACUAUUUUAUUCCUGUAAGUCCAGCUCUUCCAGGUUUGGUCACAAGUGCCUUGGCGAGAUCCAUCCGAAAAGUCGGCCCAGCACAGGGUCCUCCCCAGCAUUCCUCAGCCCAACCCACUCGCUUCAUGCCGCAAGACUCUUCCUCCAUCGGCCUUCUUUUUCACCCUCGUGCUCUACAUACACUACGAUUGGCCCUCAAUGUUGGUUGUGA